UUCAGUGUAUAAAGGAAUUUUAAUAGAUGGAACAACAGUGGCUGUUAAGGUCCUAAACUUGUUUUUUGGUGGAGAAUAAAAAAGUUUUGACAUUGAAUGCAAUGUGAUGUAUCAAAUUAGACCGAAACAUUCUUAGAGUCAUCACAUCUUGCUCAAGUGCAGAUUUCAAGGCUUUAGUACUCCAAUACAUGCCCCUUGGGAGCCUAGAAGUCUGUCUACAUUCAGGUGGCCAUCACUUGAGUAUCUUCCAAAGAUUGGAUGUCAUGAUUGAUGUUGCUUGUUCUCUAGAAUAUCUUCACCAUGGUCGUUGGGAGACUAUAGUUCAUUGUGAUCUAAAGCCAAGUAAUGUUCUUCUAGAUGAGAACAUGACAGCACAUGUUGGUGACUUUGGCAUUGCAAAGAUGCUAGUUGUUCACAAAUCUUCAACUCUUACAAGCACCCUUGGAACCACCGGAUACAUUGCGCCAGAAUUCAGGGCGGAUGGAAAGGUGUCAACCAAAGCAGAUGUCUACAGCUACGGGAUUCUUCUACUUGAGGUAUUUGCCAGAAGGAAGCCCAGCGAUGAACAUUUUGAUGGUGACUUUACUUUGAGGCAGUGGGUGGCUGAAGCGUUUCCGCUUGCAAUUUCAGAUGUCAUCAAUGGUCAUCUUCUGAAGCAAAAUAACUGUGAAAUUUUUAGAAAUGAGCUUCUUCUCAUGAUCAUGGAGACAGGGUUGUUCUGUUCAAGGAAAGCACCAACAGAGAGAAUCGACAUGAAAGAGGUCAUCGUCAGGCUUAAAAGUAUACGACGGAAGGCUUCCCUUUUGGAAGAAUGA